CCUAUUGGCUGAGUAUCAAACUGCCCAUUGACAUGACAGCAAGACAUAUGUCAGGUGUCGCCCCCAGAGGAGCACUUGUCAUUAGUGGACUCUGAUGCCACUCGAUAGGCGAGUCCUUCAACAGCCCUAAUUGCUCCUCUUUAUCAUUCCAAAUCCUAUCACUCAUCUGCAGCACAUUUUUCAGGCAUCUAUUUAUAAAUCUGUAUCUCUACUUUGAUUCAGCUUCUCUCUCUCUCUCUGUUAAUUGUUUUUUUUUUCCUUUCUCAGAAUCACAUUUUGCUUUUAUGUCUUAAUGAACUGCAUCAGUGCAUCUCCUUUGAUAUUUAUUGGUGGUCAUUUUAAGCCUCAAACACAAUCUUCUCUUGUAAUAUACCUGGCUCUUCAGAGGCACAGUUUGUGAUCACUUAAAUUAUAUCUAUCUGUAAAAAGUCAUAACAGAACAUCCUAACAGAUAUUACUUACAUAGAUUACUCACAAAGGUUUGAGCUUGGACACCAUGCCGAAGCAGUGAUCAGCGUCGACUGUGUGAGACAGAGACAGUGCGCCUUAAGUGGCUGUAAAGUGUUCCAGUUGCAAGACCAAGCAGCAGCCAUUAUCAUCCAGUCAACUCCACAACAACUGUCUGUUCUGUUGGGCUGCUGGUGUGUAGGAGGGUUUUACAUGGAGACGAUCCAGAAAUGUGUGUGUGUGUGUGUGUCUGUGUCUGUGUCUGUAUGUCUGUGUGCCUGUGUGUGUGUGCGUGUGUGUGCAACAAGUAACACAUCAAGAACUGCAAGCAAUAACAACAUUGAGCUCUGUUCAGUCAAAAAAAAAAAAAAAAAAAAAAAGCAGAGGUGGUUCAUAAAAGCAGAGUUUGUCUAGUCAAAUGAGAAUGUGAUCACAAUCUGACGCCCUCUGCUUCUCUGCUGGUCUGUUAGUUCGGCAGAAAGAAGGAGAGACUCCCAUAAAAUGCUCAACAUGCCUGAGACUGCCCUCUGAUGUCACUGAGAGAGGGAGCAAGAGGGAGAGAGAGAGAUAGAGAGAGUGGGAGGGGACCAGAGGAACAGAGGGAGGGAGAGAGAGUGGCAGCCGGAGGGCAGAGCGAAGAAGCACGUCAGUGAGAGAAACACAGAGAAGCGAUAGAGUGAAAGACGGAGUGUGAAAGACAGGGAGGGAGAGAGAUCUGUUCUCACUACGAAAAAAACCAGGUUGGUCUGCUGUAUUUUUCGCGCUACAGUGGACUUUUACUGCUCUGUUCAGAGUCGCACUUUUUUGGCUACAAACACACACUUUCUCUCUCUCUCUCUCUCUCUCUCUCUCUCUCUGAUACUGUACACUGCACACACACACAUACACAAACACACAACAACCGGACAGCACGGCACAACUGAUGGUGGACGUGAGCACGGCAGCACUGCCCAUGCAGGUGCCCCCCACCACCACAGCAAUCCUUCCCAUGGACCUGCGCGUAGUGGACCACCCCCACCACCACCACCACCACCAGCAGCCCCCCUUCGGCCUGGUUCCCCAGCCCCACCCCACACCGCCCACAGCUUGUCCCGCAUCCUCCGAGCCAGGCCGUGGGACAGUCAUUAACCACCAGGAGCAGCAGCUGCAGCAGGAGCUGGUAACUCUCAAACACAAGCAGCAGCUCCAGAGACAGCUCCUGAUCGCCGAGUUCCAGCGGCAGCAUGAACAGCUGUCGCGACAACAUGAAGUCCAGCUACAGGAACAUAUCAAGCACCAACAGGAUUUAUUGGCACUCAAGCACCAACAGGAGCUGUUGGAGCACCAGAGGAAGAUUGAGCAGCAGCGUCAUGACCAAGAGAUGGAGAAGCAGCAGCGGGAACACAAACUCCUGCAGCUUAAAAACAAGGAGAGGGGACAGGAGAGUGCAGUUGCCAGUACAGAGGUGAAGAUGCGACUUCAGGAGUUUGUCCUGAACAAGAAGAAAGCCCUGGCUCAGCGAAACCUAAACCACCGUCUGCCCAGCGACCCACGCUUUUGGUAUGGAAAAACCCAGCACAGCUCUUUGGACCAGAGUUCUCCUCCCCAAACAGCAUUGUCAGCGUACAACCACCCGAUGCUGGGCACUUAUGACUCAAAGGACGACUUUCCACUCCGCAAAACAGCCUCUGAGCCCAACCUGAAGCUUCGCUCACGGCUAAAGCAAAAGGUGACGGAGCGCCGCAGCAGCCCUCUGCUCCGGAGGAAGGACGGUCCCAUCACUUCUGCCAAGAAACGUUCCCUAGACGUGGCUGAGUCUGCAUGCAACAGUGCACCAGGCUCAGGUCCCAGCUCCCCCAACAACAGCUCCAGUAACAUCCCCAGUGAGAAUGGGGUCACCAUCUCCAGCAGCCCUGGAGAGGCCUCCCUGCUUCAGAGGUUGGCUGCAAGGGAAGGUUCAGUCAGCCAGCUCUCUCUCUACACCUCCCCUUCUCUGCCCAACAUCACCCUGGGACUGCCAGCCACAGGCCCUGCUAGCACUGUGGUGUCAGGACAUCAAGAUGGUGAGAGUCGUCUGGCGUUGCCUGCGUUACAGCAGGGCAUUCCUCUGACCCCUCCGUUUCUGCCCGCUGCCCACCUGCCCUCCUACUUGGCAUCUUCGGCUCUGGACAGGGAGGGAGCUGGAGGGGGCACGGCUGGUCACAACCCCCUUCUCCAACACAUGGUACUGCUGGAACAGAGCCACAAUCCAAUGGUUGGUCUGGCCGGCCUCCCACUACCAUCACCGUCUGUCUCCAAACUUGCGCGUGGCCACCGUCCCCUUGGAAGAACCCAGUCGGCCCCUCUGCCCCAGCAGCAGUGUGGACAGGCCCAGGCCCUGCAGCAGCUGGUGGUCCAGCAGCAACACCAGCAGUUCCUGGAGAAACACAAACAGCAGUUCCAACAGCAGCAGCAGCAGCACAUCAUCAACAAGAUCAUGUCCAAGCCCAGCGAUCAGGUCUCAGCCGCGAGCUCCAGCGCCUCAGGGCCAGCCAGGCAACACCAGAGUCACCCAGAAGAGACGGAAGAGGAGCUCAGGGAGCACCAGGGGCUCUCCCUUUCAUCCUCUUCCUCCUCGACAACCGCGCAGGAGACGGGGCCUCUGAGAGGGCUUGUCAUCAAGCAGGAGCCCCCAGACCCCCAAGAGCAGGAGGAGAGGGAGAAGAGGGAGAGACAGGCUGAGCAGGACUUUCUGUUCCGACAGCAGGCUCUGCUGCUAGAGCAGCAGCGGAUCCACCAGUUGAGGAACUACCAAGCCUCCAUUGAAGCAGCCGGAUUAUCAGUCAACUUUGCUGGACAUCGCCCCCUCUCUAGGGCUCAGUCAUCUCCAGCAUCUGCCUCCUUCCCCAUGGUUGUUCAGGAGCCGCCAGUCAAGCCUCGAUUCACUACAGGUCUGGUGUAUGACUCUUUGAUGCAGAAGCACCAGUGUAUGUGCGGCAACACCACCAGUCAUCCAGAGCAUGCUGGCCGAAUCCAGAGUAUCUGGUCUCGAUUACAGGAAACAGGCCUCAGGGCGCACUGUGAGUGUAUCCGUGGUAGGAAGGCCUCGCUGGAGGAGCUACAGACGGUCCACUCCGAAGCUCACGUCCUGCUGUAUGGAACCAACCCACUGCGGCAGAAACUAGACUGUUCAGUCAGUCCCAUGUUUGUGAGGUUACCAUGUGGAGGCAUAGGGGUGGACAGUGACACCAUUUGGAACGAGGUCCAUUCAUCCAGUGCAGCUCGUCUGGCCGUCGGCUCGGUGGUGGAGCUGGUCUUCAAAGUAGCAUCGGGAGAACUGAAGAAUGGUUUUGCUGUAGUUCGACCACCUGGACACCACGCUGAGGAGAGCACGCCUAUGGGCUUCUGUUACUUCAACUCAGUCGCCAUAGCAGCAAAGCUGCUGCAGCAGAGGCUCAAUGUCAGUAAAAUCCUUAUCGUGGACUGGGAUGUGCACCAUGGUAAUGGCACCCAGCAGGCCUUCUACGCAGACCCCAGUGUUCUCUACCUGUCAAUGCAUCGCUACGAUGAUGGGAACUUCUUUCCUGGCAGUGGAGCACCUGACGAGGUGGGCAGUGGAGCAGGUUGCGGCUUCAAUGUGAACAUGGCCUUUACUGGAGGACUGGAACCUCCCAUGGGUGAUGCAGAGUACCUGGCUGCAUUUAGGACGGUGGUUAUGCCUAUUGCCAAUGAGUUUGCCCCAGACAUGGUUCUGGUAUCUUCAGGCUUUGAUGCGGUAGACGGACAUGCUCCACCCCUGGGAGGAUACAAACUGACAGCCAAAUGCUUUGGCUACCUGACCAGGCAACUGAUGGCUCUGGCAGGCGGUCGGUUGGUGCUUGCCCUGGAGGGGGGUCAUGACCUCACAGCCAUAUGCGAUGCCUCCGAAGCCUGCGUCUCUGCUCUGCUUGGCAAUGAGUUGGACCCCAUUCCUGAUGAGGUGCUGCAGCAGAGACCGAAUGCCAACGCUGUCCAAUCUAUGGAGAAAGUUCUUGAAAUACAAAGUAAAUACUGGCGCUCACUGCAGCGCUCGGCCUCCACACUUGGUUGCUCGUUGAGUGAAGCCCUGCGGCGUGAAGCAGAGGAAGCUGAGACCGUCUCCGCCAUGGCCUCAUUGUCUGUGGCCAACAAGCACAUUGGAAAGAGGGCUGAAGAGGAACCAAUGGAAGAGGAAGCUACUAUGUAAAGAAACAUCCCUAGCCUUUGACCACUCAGACCAGUCUACAUCUUUGAUAGUGCCCUCGUCCAGUCAGUGUCCAUUUCAAUGCCACUCCUAUGUCUAACCCCUGCCACACCAAAAUGGCAUCUUAUUAAGGGAGAGAACAAGCUGAGCUGGCAAAAGUGGCGCUCAAAGGAAAUGGAACACUGAAGAUGAGCGAUGCGUUCUCUGAUCAGCAGUGCACAGACUGAUCAGCAUAAAUGUGUUGCAUUGUCUCUUCAAGACCUUGGAUAUAAGAGGAUUGACUCAACCAUCCCACAAUGACAGCCUUGAGUGCCAGUGCUUUUAAAACACUAGACAAGAUGUACUUUUUAAAUGCCAGUCAGAACCAUAAACGGAUGAUCCGUCGUCAUUGACUUUUCUUAAUGUUCUGUUCAUUCUUUAUCUUCGUCAUCACACUUUCAUCAAAAACCACCAGAGCUAACGUGAUUGUGACUCUGCACUUCGGAUGAAUCAUUCCUGCUCUUUUUAAAUAUCUGGAUGAAUGGAACAGUGUGGUUGAAUUUCUUGCGGUUUUCAAGGUGGGUGAAGAUUUCAGAUGAGGAAAGGUCAGCAGGUGUUCUAAUUCCAAAAUGACUGACAGUGAAAGACUGUGCAUUCGUGCCUUUUUCUUUUCAAACCUGGUGGAUUUUCUGUUGAACUCUACUGAAAGAGCUUUGCCUUAAAAAACAGGUUUGGGAACGAGGCCUCUUCUCCCCAAUCCCUUAAACAUUUCUAUCCUGGCAAGACAUCCAAUGCCUGCAUGUUGUUGGCACAUAGACUGGAGGACCUUGGCAUGUUUACCUAAAAUUCCCUGCAAGCAGGUUUCUGUCUCUCCCUGUACCUCCAUCUUUCCUUUUUCCCCCGUCAUUUAAAUAAUUUUAUUUCAGAAGGUAGUUCCCAACCACAAGUUGGAAAUGGUUCAGUUUUCAGGAAAGUUUCAGGUUUAGUGUUACUCAGUAGAGCGAUGUAUCAGAUACAGUCCUGUAGCCAGAGGUAAUGUCUUGAAGGGCGAGGUGUCCGCACCUGAGGAUUUUUCAUACAUCGCAGUGGAUGCAGCAAUCCUUAAUCAGUGAUAUCAAUUUCUUAUUACUUGAAAAUCAAUUUACGGAGAUUUAGAAGUGGGUAAUGGGGAGCCAUAUGUGUCCCCUUGGCAACAGGCCUGAUCAGCAGACUCAAAUGGCAUCUGCAGAUUUUUUUAACAGUUUUCAGCAGUGAUUCAGGAUGAUAAUCUGCAGACUUCUGUGGAAUGUUUUUUUGUUUGUAAAGUAAUAGACAAUAGUCAUUUGGAAAAGAACUGCGGAGAUGUUGUGUUGGCCUGCUGAUAAGAUAGGCAUCAAGCAAAGACUCAUGUAGCAUGCACUGUACUAGAACAACAGGACUUAUGAAAACUACAAACCUUUUCAUACUGUGUGUAUUUAGACAGUAAUGAAGCCAAAGCAUGAUGGACUUUGAUCUCUGUAGUAUCAAACCACUUCAUUUCUACAUUAGAAUUAGUCACACUUUUUGUCAGAUUAAUGAGAUGAGAGGAAUUAAUCUCAUAUGGGCCAAUUUGUUUCAGCAGCCCUCUCUUUAUGACAACUGUGUCUCUGCGGUUACAAUGGCUGAACCACCUGGGAUUUUCCACAGGGGUGUUCCUGGGCUGCACAGGCUCUCACAGCUGGUUUAACAUCUUUAGUCCCUUGUUAAGCACAUCUGCUGCCCAAAUGUCAGGUGCUGUGAGGCAGGUGUGUGUAUAUCUGUUCACAUACACUGAAGCACAAGCUGCUCUUUAUAAAUAUUCAAGUGCACACAUAUAUUUUUCUAGUUGUUAUUCUUUAUUAAUCAUCCUUUUCUAUUGAGCAGUGACCCAGCCAGUGGGAAACGCCCAUGCAUUAUGAGUAUCCUUGCAACUUUGAAUAACACAUGUAGCUCAGAUUCUGUAUCCUGCAUUUUACUACAUCGGAAUCUUUUUAAAUCAGGUAUUAGCUUAAUAUUUAAGAAGAUAGAAGUGAAAGAUCGGCUUGUUGCAUUGUACACUGAGCUUAAUGAAUUUGUGCUCUGCACUGGCUCUUAAUUUAAACUUAACCCCGCUAGCAAGACUAUACAACUCACCAGCCACCAGCCUAGUUGUAAGUAAAUUUAGUUGUCCAUUUUGGCCAAAGGCAAAUGUGCUACAAUGGCCCCAAACAUUUCCAUUGCUAAAUGCAUGCUGCAGCUUUGGAAAUGACGAUUCAAAACCCGAAAAUCCAAAACAAAUUGGAUUUACAACAACAGAAAAUGUGAUUCAAAUGAAAAAACAAAUACAUGAACAGCAAACACGCUUCAAACUCAGAAAUAAUGCAAAGGCUUAAUCACACAAACCUGAAAAAACAAAUGCAACAGUAAAACACUGCACAAUCAGUUAACAUGCUGGAAGUUAACCAGGCCUCCAGGGGAGCGUUAGAUGGAACAACCUGAUUUUUAACCAGAGCCACAGAGUUACGUAAAUUUGUUGCUCUUUUAUGAUAUCAUACACGGCUAAGGCCAACUGCCAAAAAAGAAUCGUACCUUUUAAUGUCACGACUUUAUUCCACUUUUCUUUCUGCUUCAAAAACAAACACAGUCUCGUGUGUGGUCUGUUUCCAGGGCUGGAAGUUAAGCUGUUCCACUCAGCGCUCCCCCUGGAGGCCAUUGAACUUCCAUUAUGUUGACUGGAUAUGCAGCAUUUUUCUGUUGUAUUUGUUUUUGGUGGUUGUGUGUUUUUGGCUCUGCAUCAUUUCAGAUGUCUUUGUUUUGGCUUUCUGCAGCACGUUUUGCAUUCGCAGCACUUUUCCAUUGUUGUAUUUGUUUUGGAUUUCUGUACGUAUUUUUGAGUUGGCAUCAUUUCUGAAGCUGCAGCACGUUUCACCGAUUGGAAAAGUCCGGGGUCGUUGUAGUGUGUCUGCCCUUGUCGGCCACUGAAGCUUUUGUCCUUUUCACAAAGAAAAAAAUACAUGUACAAGAUUGAUAAAACAGUCAGUGUGCAGAAGUAAACCUCUGUCUGCAACCAUUUCUCCAGCUUGUGUUUGGCCCCUGGGCAACUACCUUCUCUUACCUUUGUUUCAUCUACAAGCUAAUCAUGUUUAAUGUAUUUUUGCAGUGAACAGGAAACAGAAUGCUGUGGUGUUUACUGUUGUUUACUGUACAAAAGGCCGUUGAUCUCCUGAGUAUUCCUGCCACACACAUUUGUCAAUGACUACUCUACUUUAGUUGAUUCUCUUGCCCCUCAUCCGUGUCUUUUUUUGUUUUGGUUUUGUUGCCCUUCCAGUGGACUCCAGUGACUUCUUUUGUACUUUUUUAAUGUUGUUUUGUUCAUAUCCCCCUGUCUGUGUCUCUGUUACAUUGUAAAGCUGACAUACUUCACAACAGGUGAGGGUUCAGAGUCUGUUUUUAGUGGACAUCACAUGACUGUGUUUUCUGGGUUCAGGGUUUUUGUGGGAGGGUCGGGGUGCAAAUGUUUCUACUUUGUAUAACGAUGGACAAUUGUGUAUUUACUGUCUGUUCAUAGUAGAUUUAUAUAUGAAAAGAAAUGAGUAUAUUAUAUAUAUAUAUAUCUACAUAAUGAAAUACUAUGAUCUUGUUUUUGAAGUUGGUAUUGAAAUGAUACACUUAAUGGGCCUUACAUACAGUCGGCUCUUUUUAGGGUGUCACUGAAGGCACCAUAUACUGUCCUUGGUUAAAGCUGGUUACGUGUUCUGUAGCAUUUUACUGGUUGUCUUUUUAUCUUUCAACACUGAUGAUUAGUUUUUGGCUUUAUCCAUCCCAUUCCCUCAUAACACUGUUACAGUAGGUGUGCUCAGCAUCACAUGUCAUUUUUAUUUUUUGUGUAGAUAUUGUAGAAAACCACACAUUUUGGCCAGCACCUAUAAGUAUUUCAAGAAAUGUGAGACUAAAAUUCAAAUUGGGAUUCUGCACGUCUCAAAAGUGGCCAAAGUGGUGAUCUGUUUCUUCCUCUUUCUUAAAGGUUUACAAGUUCAUCUUCAACAACAGGAAAAAAAAGAGCAAGAAAAAUGGGAUGGGUGGAUUUGAAUUGGAACAUGGCCAUGCUAUUUCCCCUACAUUAAAUCACCAUCAUCACUUAUUUCCUUAUCUGGCCAAACAUCUUUAAUUUUAAUUUAACUUAACAUUUCUUAGAAUUCCUCUCAUCCGCAUGUGUAAUCUGGUUCAUCAGCUAAGUGAUGCCUUGGGUUUCAGGGUGGCCUGUUGUUUAGCAAGACCGUCCUGUAUCCAAAGGGUCGCAGGUGUUUGAUCCCUGAAAGAGCCCACGUCAGGACCAAUGAUUUUUUAACAAUUUCUAUGUCUCACAGGAAUAUAUAAGAAAAGAGUAUAAGGCCAUAUGCAUAUUGAAAUUUCCUAAAAUCUUGAUCAGACUUGCCAAGAGCAAACUUUCUCACUUUGACUGAAUGUAUCUGACCUCUACUGGCAGAGUGAUGCUGCAUCUCUCUGCAGAAGCACCGCUUGGGUCACGUGUUCCUAAAUCACCUCCAUGGCAUUCUUUUCCAUGGUUUCUGCAAAUAGCCAGAGAGGUCAAAGUUUAGACUUUUUUAUGCUUGUUUCAUCUAUCACCGCUUGUAAAUUAACGAAAUAAAUUUAGAAAACUAAGGUCUAAGCAUUUGAAGAAGGGCAUCACAUUUUUACUUUUUUCUAGUAUGGUUUAAACUCAGCCGUGUGAAAGAUAAGUCAUUUUUCUAUACAUUCCCUUUAUAUCAGACACCUACACAAACAAACACAAUUUUUUGUAAUUUUGAAAAGAUUCUUUUUCAGGACUUUCUUCCCACCAUUCUGAUGCUUCAUGCAAAUAUAUGUAUAUGUGGUUGGAAUAUGAAAAUGCAUACAGCGAGGCUAUCAUGAGUAUCACCUUUGCUAUGAUACGCUGACAUCUCUGGGCAUGCAAACACACUUGGUGAGAUGCUUUUUGGUAACCAAGCCCAGAACAUUCCCAGAACCUUUGCACAGCAGUGCCAGUCAUGGGGUUUCUACUGCUGAAUGCUUUGGUUUCUCAAAAGGAGCCAAGACUAGCACUGUCUGGCCACUCUGGCCGUCUGUCUUCACUGUUAGUCUUAACACAAUGUCCAGUAAUGAAAAAAACCCCCAGCAACAUUCCAUUUUGUUAUAAUUUCCAUUUAUUAGGAGGGGCCAUAUCUUUUUGUUUUAGCCCUCAUAGUUCGGUCCAGCCAGGUCCAAGAACUGUCUGUUUAUUUAGGCGGCCUGGUCCGACUCCACUCCAUUCCUUUUUUUCUCUCUGCAUGAUCUGUAUGUCCGCAUGCACUGCCUACCUGCUUGUCUGUCUGUCCCAUACCACAUAUCAGCACAAGGGAUCGAGCACUGAAGGACAUUAGUACUUUCACUGUAUCCAAACUAUCUUAUCUCUUUUACUGCUUUUUUUGUUUCUGCUGGGGAGGAGUUUGGUUGUUGUGCUUUUACCUGUACAUGUAGGAUUUGGAGUCAUCAAACCCUGGAAGACUUCUGUUGAAUAUUUUACAAAAAAAAAGAAAAAAAAAGGUAUCUAGCACUUGUAACACAGACAAUAGAUUUUAUUGUAUUUAUGUAGAAAAACAAAUUGUUUUAGGGGACGCUUUGUAAACUGCGACAACAGAAUGGACAAACUUUUUUUAUAUACCAGGCAGGAUGUGACUUUGGUGGACUUUUGGGAAGACAUUUUUUGUUCUUUGUCACAUCUGGACUUAUCAAAGGGCUCCAUUCAGGUGCCUGGUCAUUGUUACGGUUGUCCAUUCCACUAAAUAAGCCAGUUAUUGCUAUGACCACUGUGGUUCAAAACAAACAGUUCUAGGUUUACAUAUGUAUAAAAUGCAUAUUCUUUUUUUAUCAGUUAUGUUUUUGACUUGUUCCACCAUUGUUACAGAAAUAGUACAUUUUUUCUCGGGAACCUUUGCUCUAACAUGUUGUCUUUGACAUCUACGAUAUAAAGUAUUGUUUUGGAAAAA